UAGCCAGGCGGUGGGCUCCACGCUGCAACGAAAUGUGAAUCGUGCCCGCGAAGCUAAUCAUAAUUUUCAUUUUCAAUUUCUAAUUUCAAGCUCCCCCGACCCGCCAUCGCCGAGUUCCGGGUACGCCGUAGCCAUUAGCCAAUCAGCCAUAGCCCUUCCCGGUCAAUUAAUCAAGUGCGAGCGUCGCCGUUGCUGAGAAAACUCUCCACCGACCUCUGCCCAGAACUGUCGAAGCGAGACGUCUCCUCCUUGAAUCGGGACCUUUUCAUUCAGAAUAUGCUCUAGGUAAAAUAAUUUCUCUGCGAGUACUUACUUCGUCUUCAUAGUUCGCGUGGAACGAGAAUUGCACUCUCUGUCUUCAUUUCUAUGGGAAUGCUUCAAACUGGAUGCCGAUAACCAUAGAUCUGUAAUCCUCUUUAGCCGAAGUGUGCCUGUGUUAGUAGUUCCUCUCUUGCGUUUGCACUCUCCGACUCGCUUUCACUGAAAUCGUAAUCCAAUCAGUAGGUCAGUUUGUGGUAUAGGGACUGUGGAGUUUUCUUUUCUUGCAUAUUCUCGUGCGGGGAAUGGAUCAAGUGCCGCCAAAAAACGGUUCCCUGGUGGAUCUGGACGAUGUGAAGUAUGUAUCUCGGCUGAGUACAAUUCUAGUUGCUACGAUUGAAGAAGCGAAAGACAGGAUUUCUCAGAUCGAAUACAUAUUCUGCAGCCAGCUCUACCCUAAUGUUCAAUCCAAGUACAAGAACUCCCAGGAAUGUUAUUUGGAGGCGAAGAGACAGGCAGAUGAUAGAUGGAAAGAGAAAGAGAAGGAACUCAUGCUUCGAAUCAAGGAGCUCGAACUCGGGAAGCAAGAAGCUGUUGCGGAGAACCAGUCUCUAAAUCUCGAGAAGGAAGUGUGGUUGGAAGCAAAGAAGAGGGAGAUGAUGUCUGGUGUUGAAACGGGAAAGGACCAGGAGAGAAUUGGUUUACUAGAACAGCAACUCGCCAAGAAGUCUGCUGAGGUUGAAGAGGGAAUGGAAUUGAGCAAUAGGUUGAUUCAAAUGAUUCGAUCGAAAGGGACCAAAAUACAUGAACAGUCAAUGCAGCUUAAGGUGCAGGAAGAGAAGGCAAAUGUGUUGGCUGACAAAGUGGACGGGUUAGAGAGAAAGGUUGAGGAUCUCAUGAAGGAGAUAGUAGAAAAGAACGAGGAAAUAGUUGGGCAAAAAGAUGAAUUAAAAGGUAUGGGGGAAUUGAAUGAGUACUUCGGGUCGAAAAUCUUUAGUGAGCGGAAGGAAACCGAAGAGGAGAGGGUCAAGCUUAAGGAGAAGAUUGAUGAACUCGAAAGGAAUCUGAAGGACAAGAGUAGAGAAGUAGAGGAGGGAAGAGCAUUGCAGGAAGAGCUACAAGAGCAGGCAAGUAAACUCUCCGUCAAAAUGAGGGAUAAAGUCUUGAACGAAGAUUCUAUAUGGAAGGAGCAUGUUAAGGUUAGAGAAGAGCUUGAAGGCAAAAUAAGAGAUUUAGAGGAGAACGUGAUUGAGCUGCAGAAGACCGAUAGCAAUAGAGAUGAUGACAAAAAAGAAUUACUUAAGCAAAUUCAGGCCAAAAAUGCUGAAUUGGUGGGAGAGAAGGGAAAGAACAAGGAUCUUGUCGAUGCAUACAAGAGAUUGAAACAUCAAUAUACCUAUCUUUGCGAGAAAUGUGGUCUUAGAUCAGGGAAGAUGCUUCCCCAGCCUAAAUUGAAAGGCGUCGGUGAUGGGUUCAAGCACCCCAAGAGUCCAACGUUAUCACCUGAGCUCAAGACCAAGGACUUGAACACUAACACAUAUCCUCACCAGCCAAAGAAAGUGAAGAUAGAAGAUGGAAUUGACGAUGGCGUUGAGACUGACAUGCCAUGGACGAUGACGGUUUCAAAUCCGAGUUUCCACCUUCCUCCACCUCGUCCUGCAGCGCAGAAGCUUCCGCCUACAGCAAAAUCUCCCUCCAUAAGCAGAGUAAAGCGGCCUGCUUCAGGGUGGGUGGAAACUAGGUCGUGCGCCCAAGGCAAAAAUGGGCCGGACCCACAUGAUGAUUUUCUGAGCACUCCAUUGGAGAACCUCAGAGCAAACAGGAACAAAGCCGUCAUCACGGAAGCAGAAGCUAACGUUGCUGACGUGGUUCCAGCUAUGGUAGACGCCAUCCCUCGUGUUGAUAACGAUUCAGAUGACGAAACUCAGAACAUGAAUGUGGACCCCGGUCCAGCAAAGCGGGAUCAUCAAACGUUGACCGGGGGAAAGAAUGGUUUCAAGUACGUCGAAACGGUUCGAAAGAAAGCGGAACGGGAGAAACUGCAAGGCGUGGAGUGCAAGCAGUGCAAGAAGUUCUACGACGCCGUUCUGGAGAACGGAGGUGGUGGCAAUGAAAAUCUGAGGUGCGAGCAUCAUGAUGGCGUCUCCAGGCAUCGGUACAGGUACGCCCCUCCCAUGACUCCUGAAGGGUUCUGGAACAUUGGGUUUGAAUCCGAAAUGUGA